UUCCCAUGAGCCUGCACAUCGACACCGACGACUCGAUCCCCCGCGUCCGCUGGAACGAAAACGACCACCGAUUCCACUACACGGUCCCCGUGGCAGAGCAGCCGGGCAAGGAAGGCUACGUCAUCCUCCACGAAGUUGGGCCGAACGAAAGCGGCGCAUUGUUGUCACCCAAGGACAAAUCCCGCCUGACCGACAUGAAAACGGCCAACGAUCUCAUCCACGACUUGGAAGUGGCCAAGAAGUAUCGCGACACGAUCAAGUUCUUGGAGCACAAACGGUCAAACCACAAGAGCAACAAGGAAUUGUACGACGAACGCGCGACGAGCCAAGGCGACGUCGUGACGAACCAAGCGUUGGUGCAUGAGAAGAAGCCUCUCGCCAAGCAAGUCGUGUCCAAGGCACAGCCCCACGUGACACAUCAACGUCAACUCAAGCAACCCGCCAAAAAGAGCUUUUAAUCCAACUUUCCAACUUACGACAUCGCUACGACCUUGUUACCUUGUCCUUGUCGUUGUACCUUGUGUUUUGCCAUGGUGCCCAAUGCGCUUCUGGACUCGUUGCAUUCGCAGGUUGUUCCAUUUAGCGCACCUCCGCCUACCAGCCGCUCAUUUCAACGAUCGCACGACGAGAGUCCUUAUUGAUCAACUAUUAUGAGCGAGAAUUCUGUUAUAUUGACCGCAA